AUGGCAUCUCCUACGGAUAACAAUUCGAAUUCUAGUAGCACGUGUUACAAUAACAACAGUCCGCCUUUAUAUCCGAGCACUGAUCGAUUCCAUCCGCUUGGGUACAGCACACCUCAACAACGAGGGAACUCUUCGGUACAGUCCAGAAAUUACUACUCCGUUCAACCAAAACACAUGUUACCACGUGCACGAAGACUCCAUAAGCACAAUCGCUCUGGAACAGACUUUUCUUUUGAUCAUAAUAGAUUGCAGUUUGACCAAGAGUCAUACGACGGAAAACAACAAAAUAUGGAGCAAGAUCGUAGACAAUAUGAACGAAAUUGGAGAGGGAAUCAUACAAGAUUUCAACGCUUUGGAGGUAACAGUCAACAAUAUCAUUCCCGACAAAGGCAUCAGCCUAGAAACGGAGCGUACAAUAUAAGUGAUUAUUUUCAUCCUUCAAUGUUAGAGGAUCCUUGGCAAUUUUGGCAGCGGCAAAAUAAUAGUUCUGCUAAUUUGGCUUUAAAUAGCAAACCUACUCCCGAACAUUUUAAUAACUCAGAUGAAACCAGUAAAAGUGAUUGAUAGACUACAUAGAAAUAGCAUUAGAAUUAUUCAUUUAUCGUUUCCAAUUUUUUUCGAUAAUACAUAAUUUUAAACUCUACUUGUAAAUAAACGUA